AUUCGCUCAAUCUCAGUCAACCUCGUCUACUGUCUUUGGAGCUCUCUCAACCAUGAAGGGCCGGUUCACCGUGAACCCGUUCAACGAGUUAUGUCUGACGCCUUCGGACAUCGCUGAUCUCGAAGCACUUGUUGGCUCCAUUCUGGAUGCUAAUAUCUCGCGCUACGAGGAUUUUCUCUUCAAAGAACAUUGCCGUAUCGAUGCGAAUCAUUGGAAACUUGUCAAGAGCCGUGACAACACCAAGGUGUACUCUGAGCGCAACUUCGGGUCCUCUCGUGUGGGUCCUCAGAUCCCCGGUGCAUCGUCGGACUUGCCUUCGCUUCUGUGCUUCAGUACGGCUGUCGGUGACUUAGACGACAUGAUGUUUGGCGUCGUUAACCCGACACUUGAAGCCAUGCGUAUCAAGGCCUCUUACGUCGACGAUAUCAGCGGCGCAGCCGUGCUGUCGACCAUAACGGAGCCCUCGAUGGAAGAACCAUUCAAGUCUCUGGUCGUCAAGUGGAUGGAGUUCGAUCUGCCGUUCCAGUCCAUGGGUUUGGUGAGGAACCGUGACUACAUUUACGUCGAGGCUACGAAUAUCGUGCACUUGUCGAACGGCGAAAAAGUCGGGUAUCACAUCUUGCACUCCGUCAACUUUCCCGAGACUCACGAUCUCCCUGGACGCGUUCGAGCUAACACGUCGAUUUGCGGUAUUUUCCGACAAGUGCGACCUAACGCGUGCGAGAUCUACGUUACCGGGCUCAUGGACCCGGGUGGUGAUAUGAUCCGCAAGCUGGUGGUGCCCAACAUGGCGACGGCGUUCCUGUCGACGCUAAAGUACGCGCACUGCGGUCAGAUGAAGAAGCUCGCCUGGAUGCUUGAGAAGCGAUACACUGAAGCCAAAGAGCUGGGCACACCCAACCGAGAACUGAUCUGCGUGACGUGCGCGAGCCCAAUCACCGGUCGCAAACUGGGCGACUUUGGCAAGAGCGAUAGUACCUGCAAGCUGUGCUUCGGUCAUGCUUGUCACAACUGCAAGAUCUCCAAGAAACUCAGCUUUGUGACGCCAGAUCUGCUGUUGGCCCGACGGAAGGUCACAUUCUGCGCAGUCUGUGUGAAUGAAGCAAUGAAAGCGCCUGCCGCGGAGGCAGCACGAGCACAAAUCGUCGCUACUGGUGGAGGAGGCUCCAAGAGCAUUCCUUACCCGUCGAACGCAUCAACUGCCAGCUCAAUUUCCGAAAGUUCCAUGUACUAGAGUGUAUCACGCUGCGUUAAUAACUGAAGGUCACCAUAGGUAGCAGAUACUUUUGAUUUAGUGCAAGUUCGAAAUACAUGUACUGUAGUUUGUCUAGAUUACUUUGCUAAACUAAUGAUAUAGCUUGUUAACGUAACGUAAACAAGCCCUUUUCCAAAGUAAUCAAGAUAAUCAAGAAAGUCAAUUUCGCAGCUGCAAGAACAAGUUUUCUGCUCAACCGAUAGAUCCACUUCAAUGCAAC